AUGAACCGUGACUACCGCCUCACAGCCUUUGCCCAUAAUCUGGUAAUAGAUACUACCCACGGCGACGAUCUAAGGUUCGCCAUAACGAUCACUUUUAAUGCAAGUAUCUGCCUAACAGACCUGAACGCCAUGUCCCCGGUUGCUGCGCAGGCAGCAAACAAUAUCGUCCGGUGCUCACUUGCGGGUGCCGGGCUUGCUUUCCUCUAA